GGGUCACCAGGCAUCAGGUCAUUUGGCUCAACAGCGGGCACCGCGUCAUCUGGCAAGGCAGUGGGCACCAAGUCACCAGGCACAACAGUGGGCUCUGACUCAAUUGGCACGACAGCGGGCACCGGGUCAUCAGGUACCGGAUUGUCUGGCUCGACAGCGGGCACGGGUCACCAGGCAUCAGGUCAUUUGGCUUGCCAGCGGGCACCGCGUCAUCUGGCAAGGCAGUGGGCACCGGGUCACCAGGCAUUGGAUCGUCUGGCUCGACAGCGGGCAUCGGGUCACCAGGCAUCAGGUCAUUUGGCUCGCCAGCGGGCACCGCUUCAUCUGGCAAGGCAGUGGGCACCGAGUCACCAGGCACGACAGCGGGCUCUGAGUCAACUGGCAUGACAGCGGGCACCGGAUCAGGUACCGGAUCGUCUGGAACAACAGCGGGCAUCGAGUCAACUGGC